GAUUACCAGGUUUUGAACAAGAUGAAGGAGAUCACAGGAAUCCAGGACGCAGAUUUCCUUCACGCGGCUCUGAAGGCUGCUAAGGGAAACCUGAUGGAAGCACUCAUCGUCCUCACAGAGGAGCGUGACCAGGAGCCUGUUCAGAACACAGCUGCUGCAGAGCCGUCCUCUUGGGAGGGCAGUGCAGUGGGCAAAGAGCCCCCACAAGGUGGUGCUGCAUUCGUCCCUAACAAGAAAGGAGACGUCCACCCCGUUGUUGCCUACAGGCAGCUGGAAUCACCAAAAGCUCACGCUGCUGAAAGACCACAGGAGCCCCAUUCUCCUGAAAACAAAAAUCGCUCCAAAAGGAAACGCUGCGAAGUCUGGGAAGAGAAUUCCAAACAGAGUGACUGGAAAAGAGUGGGUGACUGGCCUGUUGGAAUGAAGAACAUCGGCAACACGUGUUGGUUUAGUGCUGUCAUCCAGUCUCUCUUCCAGUUGCCGCAGUUUCGGAGGCUGGUGCUCAGCUACUCCUUCCCACAAAGUGUCCUUGAAAGCUGCCGUACCCGCACUGGAAAAAGAAAUAUUGCAUUCAUGCAAGAACUCCAGUGUCUGUUUGCUUUGAUGCUGGGAACACGUCGUAAGUUUGUGGACCCUUCUGCAGCACUGGAACUCUUAAGGGAUGCCUUUAAAUCAACGGAGGAGCAGCAGCAAGAUGUGAGCGAGUUCACGCACAAACUGCUGGAUUGGCUGGAAGAUGCAUUCCAGCUUGCUGUGAAUGUCAAAAGCCCUGGGGACAAAUCUGAAAACCCAAUGGUCCAACUUUUCUAUGGGACUUUCUUGACUGAGGGUGUCCACGAGGGCAAUACUUUUUCCAAGAUCGAAACCUUUGGUCAGUAUCCCCUUCAGGUAAAUGGUUAUCGAAACUUGAAUGAGUGCUUGGAAGGAGCCAUGGUGGAGGGAGAGAUGGAUGAGGAGACAGCAACUCAGUCAGUGAAAUAUGUACAGGAGCGCUGGUUCACCAAGCUCCCCCCGGUGCUGACCUUUGAACUCUCCCGAUUUGAGUUCAACCAGUCCCUGGGACAGCCAGAGAAAAUCCACACCAAGCUGGAAUUCCCUCAGACUAUCUAUAUGGACAGGUACCUCUACUGCAGCAAAGAGCUUAUUCAGACAAAGAGAGAAGAGGUGAAGAAAUUGAAGGAGAAAAUGCUGAUUCUGCAACAGAAACUGGAAAGGUACAUGAAGUACGGCUCUGGCCCAGCACGCUUCCCACUGCCUGACAUGCUCCAGUACGUGCUGGAAUUCAUCAGUACCAAGCCUGCUGGAGCUGUGUCCUCUGUGUGCAUGUCUUCUACUGAGGACUCUCAGAUGAUGGACAGGCAGUCCCAGGGCGAGCCGCACGUUCUGGGCGCGCUUUCACAGCCAGACAGCAUGCUAGACGGAAAGGGUGGUCAGGCUGAAGAUGGAGCUGUAUUAGCAGCAAAUUCCUCACCACAGCAACAACUGAACGCCCCUCUGCAGCCUGCUGGUCCUCCAGCAGAGGGGUUGGACUGCCCUGCUCCUCACGUGGUGUCCGAGGAGGAGAUGAACCUCGUUACGACGUGUCUGCAGCGAUGGAGGAAUGAGAUUGAGCAAGAUGUGCGAGAUCUGAAGGAGUCUAUUGCCAGAAUCAGCCAAUCCAUUGACGAAAUGUACAGUGACCCUCACCUCCAGCAGGUUCCCUAUCACUUGCAUGCUGUCUUGGUGCACGAAGGGCAAGCAAAUGCUGGUCACUACUGGGCCUUCAUAUAUGACCAGCCUCGGAAAAGCUGGCUGAAAUACAAUGACAUCUCAGUGACGGAAUCAUCGUGGGAAGAACUGGAGAGAGAUUCAUUUGGUGGCUUGAAGAAUGCCAGUGCCUACUGCCUGAUGUACAUAAGCAACAAGGUGUCCCACGUUGUUGCAGGUGAAGGUGAGAGCUCGGAGCUCGGGCAGUUCCAGAAGGAGGUGGAGGCUUUGCCCCCGGAGCUGAGGCGCUACAUCCAGGAGGACAACUGGCGGCUCGAGCAGGAGGCAGAGGAGUGGGAGGAGGAGCAGUCCUGCAAGAUCCCUUCAACUGCUGCUGAAUCUCAGGAGCUCUCCCCUGAAUCGGGACUAGAUCAGGCCGCAGCCGGCGAGCAGAGCCUGCGCUCCCUGUCCUCGGAGCACGCCAUGAUUGCAAAGGAGCAGACUGCCCAGGCAAUUGCGAAUGCAGCCGACGUCUACAAGAAGAACGGUGUGGAGGCAGCGCUCUGCGAGGCAUUCCACGAGGAGUACUCCAGGCUCUAUCUCCUUUCCAAAGAGACCCCAACCCCUCAGAACGAUGCCCGCCUGCAGCACGUGCUCGUUUACUUCCUGCAAAACGAUGCCCCCCAGCAGAUCGUGGAACGGACCCUCCUCGAGCAGUUUGCGGACAAAAACCUCAGCUACGACGAAAGGUCAAUUAGCAUAAUGAAGGUAGCACGAGAUAAACUGAAAGAAAUCGGUCCUGAUGAGGUGGAUAUGGAGGAGUACAAGAAGUGGCACGAAGACUACAGCCUUUUUCGGAAGGUGUCUGUUUACCUACUUACAGGGCUGGAGCUGUACCAGAACAGAAAGUACAAGGAGUCCCUGACCUACCUGAUCUAUGCCUACCAAAGCAACACCGCUCUGCUGGAGAAGGGAGCCAACAGAGGAGUGAAUGAAUCGCUGAUCACCUUGUAUAGAAGAAAGUGUCUCUUGAAGCUGAAUGAGAUGGCUUCGUCUCUGUUUGUAAGCUGUGAGGAAGCUCGUGUGGCAGAGGGCAUUAGCAUCCUGAAUGAGCUGAUCAUCCCCUGUAUGCACCUCAUUAACAACUUUGACAUCUCCAGAGAAGACAUGGAUGCCAUUGAGGUCAUGAGAAACCGCUGGUGCUCCUAUCUGGGACGAGAAGACAUGGACGCGAGCCUGCAGGUCAGGCUGGGCGAGCUGCUCCCCCGCCUGCUCGACGGCUCCACGGAGGUGGUCGUGCUGAAGGAGCCCCCGAAGAUCCGGCCCAACUCCCCCUACGACCUCUGCAGCCGCUUUGCAGCCGUGAUGGAGUCCAUCCACGACGCCUCGACCGUGGCUGUGAAGUAGGUGGCAGAGCUGGCACCUCGGAGUGGCAAACUGUGGAGCAGCCGUGCACAGCAUCCUCCCGCCAGGAGAGGGAAGAGGUGAUUUCGUGUUGAGACCUGUGUUCCGUGUAAAUAGGAGUGGAUAAAAAGCAAUAUUGCACUUUUGAGAUAAGAUGUCAAGUGAGAAUGCAAAGGACGUGAACCGCUGUACGAACACGGCACAACAGGUGCCUGGCAAUUCCACCUGCCUUAUUCUCCUAGGACCGUAUGAGGACAUUUCUUCUGUUGUGGCAGCUUUCUACACUGUCCAGCAAGCUCACAUCCCUGGGAAUGACAUCAACAGCAGAGGAAGAGUUGGGUUGAUCUGGUGAGCUGAGCUAUUCGCUGUCAUUGAUCCAUCAGACACAUUAUCAUCUUCCUAAAUUAUUAGCUGCAAGACAUUACAUAUUCAGAUCUUGCCAGACUUCUGUUAGCAGGAGCCUGAGAGGAACAGUGGCACCCGCUCUGUGUGAUGUGUGCAGUCACGCGUGCAACUGCGUAUUUCCGUUCAGUUAAAGAAGCGUUUUCCUUUUGUAUUCGAACUGGCAGAAGAAAUGAAGCAGGAUUCUUCCUCUGAGAAAGGCAAAAUCAAAUAAUGGCAGUGACAAGAGACAGGCCGGAGCUGGGAGGUUUGCCAGGGCAGUGGUGUUAGCUGAGUGGUUCAGGGCAAAACCCCCGGGCUGUGUCACCCUCUUGGGCUGGAAAGUGAACUUCCUUCUCCCCUCAGGUGGAUAUUUGGUGCUGGAUGAGUGGUGAUAGCUGCAAGGCCUGGAAUCGGCCCCUUUUUAAUUAACUUUCUGUAAAAUAUAAAAUACGCCCCGUUGGGAUUUCCUUCCAUGGGCAGCCUGUGAUUGUGUUUGAGCUCUGGCAGUUGUUGAAACCAAAUGAUCCGAGUGGAGGAGGAGGAGGGAGCCUGUUUGUUAGGACUAUGCAGUUUUUCUAAAAGUGCAAUAAACGCAUUUGUUCUAUGUUAGAAUGAAAAAGUUC